CAGGGCCUCGGAAAGGGAGGAGCCAAACGUCACCGUAAAAUUCUACGUGACAACAUUCAGGGUAUAACAAAGCCCGCUAUUCGUCGUCUUGCGCGUCGUGGAGGUGUUAAACGUAUCUCUGGUCUUAUCUACGAAGAGACUCGUGGUGUUCUCAAGAUCUUCCUCGAAAAUGUCAUUCGAGACUCCGUAACAUAUACCGAACACGCGAAACGGAAGACGGUCACCGCUCUCGAUGUGGUUUAUGCUCUUAAGCGGUCAGGGCGUACACUGUAUGGUUUUGGUGCAUAG